AUGGAUAAGUUACAUUCCUCAAUGCGCAAAAGGCUUUACAGCUUGCCACAGCACAUUGGACAGAAAGCCUCGAUCAUGGGAGAGGGAGAAGACGCCGACAAGGACACCCGGAGGAAGAGUAUCCGGAUGAAACCGUUACCUUCGCCGUCCUCCACAAGCAGCUGCAAAGGCUUUGGGGAGACCAGAAGCGGGGACUCGGUGAUCAUGGAGACAGACAUUGGGAGACCCAUAAAGACCAGCUCCAACGGGGACUGCAGGAGGUUCAGAGGCAGCCUCUCGUCUAUCACAAGUCGGAACGUUCACGACUCAGAUUUGGCGGAGCAGAGGCGCCUCAUCACCGAAGGGGAUGUAACCCCAGGCGAAGAGAGCCCUCCUGGAGCCUUUGGUGGUGCGGGGGACUUCGGAGCGCAAGGAGGCGGCACUGGCCAACAGGCUUCACCCGACCAGCAAUCAGGUUUCAUAAAGUUGGAUAACAUUGAUCAAAUUAUGCCGGACGACGAGAGAUUAUACCAGGCAGGCUUCAUGCACCGGCAGUUUGGGGCAAUGCUGCAACCGGGGGUUAACAAGUUUUCUUUAAGGAUGUUUGGAAGUGAAAAGGCGGUUGAGCGCGAGCAAGAACGUGUUAAAUCGGCAGGAUUUUGGAUUAUUCAUCCGUACAGCGAUUUCAGGUUCUACUGGGACCUGACGAUGCUGCUGCUAAUGGUGGGUAACCUGAUCAUCAUCCCUGUGGGCAUCACCUUCUUCAAGGACGAGCACACGCCACCCUGGAUUGUCUUCAACGUGGUGUCGGACACGUUCUUCCUCAUCGACCUGGUCCUCAACUUUCGCACGGGCAUCGUGAAGGAGGACAACACCGAGAUCAUCCUGGACCCCCAGCAGAUCAAGAUCAAGUACCUGCGGAGCUGGUUCAUAGUGGACUUCAUCUCCUCCAUCCCCGUGGACUACAUCUUCCUCAUCGUGGAGACGCGCAUCAACUCGGACUUCUACAAAACGGCGCGCGCCCUCCGCAUCGUCCGCUUCACCAAGAUCCUGAGCCUGCUGAGGUUGCUCCGCCUCUCGCGGCUCAUUCGCUAUAUCCACCAAUGGGAGGAGAUCUUCCACAUGACCUACGACCUGGCCAGCGCGAUGGUGCGCAUCGUGAACCUGAUCGGCAUGAUGCUGCUGCUGUGCCACUGGGACGGCUGCCUGCAGUUCCUGGUGCCCAUGCUGCAGGACUUCCCCGCUGACUGCUGGGUGGCAAAGAACAAGAUGGUGAACGACACAUGGGGCCAGCAGUACUCUUAUGCCCUGUUCAAAGCCAUGAGCCACAUGCUGUGCAUAGGCUAUGGCAUGUAUCCCCCCGUUGGCAUGACGGACGUGUGGCUGACCAUUCUGAGCAUGAUCGUGGGUGCCACCUGCUACGCCAUGUUUGUGGGCCAUGCCACCGCGCUCAUACAGUCUCUGGAUUCCUCCCGCCGCCAGUACCAGGAGAAGUACAAACAGGUGGAGCAGUACAUGUCCUUCCACAAGUUGCCUGCUGAUAUGCGACAGAGGAUCCAUGACUACUACGAGCACCGCUACCAAGGCAAGAUGUUUGAUGAGGAGAGCAUCCUGGGGGAGCUGAAUGAGCCACUGAGAGAGGAAAUAAUCAACUUCAACUGCAGAAAGCUGGUAGCUUCGAUGCCCCUGUUUGCCAACGCGGACCCCAAUUUUGUGACCUCCAUGUUAACCAAGCUACGCUUUGAAGUCUUCCAGCCGGGUGAUUACAUCAUUCGAGAGGGGACCAUUGGCAAAAAGAUGUACUUCAUCCAGCAUGGAGUAGUGAGUGUGCUGACCAAAGGAAACAAGGAGACCAAGCUUUCUGAUGGCUCCUACUUUGGGGAGAUAUGCCUGCUGACACGGGGAAGGAGAACGGCCAGCGUUCGGGCAGACACCUACUGCCGCCUGUACUCGCUCUCCGUGGACAACUUCAACGAGGUCCUGGAGGAGUACCCCAUGAUGAGGAGAGCAUUCGAAACGGUGGCCCUGGACCGCCUUGAUCGCAUAGGGAAGAAGAACUCCAUCCUGCAGCACAAAGUCCAGCACGACCUCAACUCCGGUGUAUUGAACUAUCAGGAGAAUGAGAUCAUCCAGCAGAUAGUACAGCACGAUCGAGACAUGGCCCACUGUGCCCACCUGCUUCAGACAGAUCCACCCCCCGCCCCACCCUCGCCCACACCGGUAAUUUGGGCACCUCUCAUCCAGGCUCCACUUCAAGCGGCCGCCGCCACUACCUCGGUGGCCAUUGCACUGACGCAUCACCCGCACCUCCCCCCCACCCUCUUCCGGCCCCCGGCGUCCUUGCUGGGUUCUGUUAAGGAUCCACCCAGCCGUGUGAACAGGUUCCACCCAAUGGUCCAUACCUCCAGUACCACUGGCUCAGUUGGUGACUCCCCUUCCAGCACCCCGUCCAGGCUGCAUUCUGGGGUCGAUCCCCCUUUACUUGCCUCCUUUCAGGCCUCCCACACGACCUCAGCCUCUGCAUUUUCCAGCUCUGCACCCCAGCCCUCCACCAGCAGCAUCCAACCGGCGUCCAGCGGAGCCUCCGUGUUUUCCUUCAGCCAAAUCCCCACGUCUGGGUCUCCGUCCUUCAGCACAGCUCAGCUCUACAAAAAACCCCUGCAGCAUCAGCAGUCCUUCUCCUGCAGCACCCCGCCUCUUACAGGCCUCUUCCAGCAGGGGGCGACAGGGGGGACAAUGGCAGGAGCAAUGGCUGCCUCUGCCACCAGCAUCAGCAGCCCCCUGGCAUCUAGCUCAGCCAGCCCCAUGCUCAGCGAGCAGCAGCCUCCACCCCCCAGACCUCUGCAGGUGGGAUCCUUGCAGCAGUUUGCUGGGGGGGGGAGGACGUCGAGUGGCCUAAAUCUCUUCCGCACGCCUUCCUCUGGCUCCCCAGCCUCCAACAGGAGCCAGCUGGCCCAGCCUGCUAUGGGAUCCCCCUCAUCCUUGGUGCAGCACAGCCUGGCAGGCCUGCAGUCCGGCCUCCUCCCCCAGCUGCACCAGGAGCGGUCAGCCCUUGCCUCACUCGCUCAGUAUGGGUCUGGCAAUGCAUCCCCCUGCUACACUCCUCUGGCACCGAGUCCCACUGUCCAAAGCCCCAUCGCAGGUAGAACUUUCCAUUAUAGUGACCCCUCCAGCGCCACUGGAUCGCACACUUCACUGCUAAUGCCACAGACCUCGUGUCCGGCCCAACUCCCCAGUCAUCCCAGGUCUGGGGCGGAGUUCCCGCUGGGUCGCUUCUCCCAGGAUCUGAAACUUAUCUCAACCUCACACCCAUCCCUGCCUCAAGAGAUGGCCCAUGUGAUGGGUCACUCUCCCCCACAUUCCUCCAGAGAGCCCGAGUUUCACUUCUCUCCUUUCUCCUCUCCCACACUUUCAGACAGGCCUUGUAGCUCGAUCCCUGGGCACAUAACUCUUUCCAGACAAACUUCCUCUGGGUCAACACCUCAGACUCAUUCCCCAGGGACAUCCCCUGCCCUUCCUCCUCGGAAGGGCUCUUCAACCUACACAACUGAACUAGAACCUGUUCGCUCCAAACUGCCCUCUAAUUUGUGAGGUUCAG